CUGGAAUUCCUUGCCCCUUCCUCCCUUCUCCAGUCUCCACUGCCGCCACUCCCACGCCUCGCCCUGCCUCGUCUUCCUUCCCGCUCAAAAUCCACCCCAAUUCGAUCGGAACCUGCCGAAACCUAAACCGCAUGAAGAUCUCGGAGCUCUCCCCCGAGUACCGGCAGCCGCCGCCGCACGCCGGCCUCCUCACCGACCUCAACAGGGUCGUCGACGACGUCGAGGCGUUCGACACCUCCGACUCCUCCGCGGAGAAGCUCGCCGCCGAUCUCCGCCGCCUCCUCACCAGCCUCGCCUCCGCCGCUUCCUCCUCCUCCUCGCCCCUCACUGCGGCGUUCAGGCUUAAGGUAUGGAACCUCGGCUUCCGCCUCUGGAACGCGUGCGUCGACCGCGCCAACUCCACCGCCCUGGCGAGGGGCCCUGCCGCCAGGGUCGCGGAGGCGGAGAUCCGGCAGGCGGCGCCGGAGCUCCUCCUCCUCGCUGGCCUCCCGGACGUCCCCAACGCCGCUGCGAAGGCGGCCUCCUUGUUCCACCGCACCGGCCUGGUCUGGCUUGACCUCGGCCGCGCCGACCUCGCCUCCGCCUGCUUUGAGAAGGCCACGCCGCUGGUUUCUGCUGCCGAGACAAGAGAGGAUCGGACCGUGCUCCUAGACCUCAACCUCGCGCGGGCGCGCACGGCGUCGGGCGCGGGCGAGCAUGCCCUCUCCGUGGCGCUGCUGAGCCGGUCCAAGCCCCUCGCGGUGGCGUCUCCCGAGGGGGUCAAAGCCCUCGCCAAGGAGUACCUCCUCAUCGGCAAGGCCGCCCUCGCCACGAAACCCUCGGAUCCCGCCCUCGACGCGUCCAGCCUCCUUACCGAAGCGCUUGAUCUCUGCGAGAAGGCCGCGGCCUCGCCCUCCUGCGGCACUCCGACAACCCCGAAUCUCCAAGCGAUCAAGGAUCAAUGCCUCCGCUUCCUCGCCGUCGAGCGUCUCCAAGCCGAUGACUACGAGGGCACCCUGCGCUGCAUCGGGGUCUCGAGGACCUCGCUGGGGCUUGGCGAGGAGCACCCGAGCAUCGAGUUCAUGGCGCUGCGCGCGUGUCUUGGCAGCGGGAACUUGGCGGAGGCCGGGAGGGAGCUCGAGAGGCUCAUGGCGAACGCCGAAGCGCCGGACAGUGUGUGCGUGUCGGCGGCCGAGCUGUACCUUGCCAACGCGGGGCCGGAGGCUGCACUUAAAGUGCUCGCUGCGCUUGCCGCACGGUGCCGCGGCGAGGGUGCAGCUGCAGCCGCAGCAGUGAGGGUGGUGAAGAAGGUGGCCGAGGGUGCCGGCAGGGGGACUGGGCGCGCAAGAGCGAUCGCUGAACUCGCGUCGGAUGAGAGGGUGGUGGCGCUGUUCGAUGGCCCUGCUAACGCCCAUGAGCGUGGCACAAUACAUGCACUGCUGUGGACCUGUGCCACUGAGCAUUUCCACGCAAAGAACUACGAGACCAGCGCGGACUUGAUUGAGAGGUCGAUGCUUUAUGUUUCCCGCGACGAGGAAAGCAGAUCCCGCCGCGCAGACUGCUUCCGAGUACUUUGCCUUUGCCAUUUGGCACUUCGACAUCUCGACCGAGCCCAAGAGUUCAUCAUUGAGGCCGAAAAGGUUGAACCCAAUAUCCACUGUGGCUUUCUGAAGUUUAAGAUCCUCCUGCAGAAGGAGGAGGAAGAUGAGGCUAUCAAGCUAAUGAAGAUCAUGGUGGGUUAUGUUGAUUUCAACCCUCACUUCCUGACACUCUCAAUUCAUGAAGCUAUUGCCUGCAAGUCUGUCCGUGUGGCAGUUGCUUCAUUAACCUUCCUUCUGGGCCUCUACUCUUCUGGGAAGCCAAUGCCAAUGACUGAGGCUGCUGUCCUCCGCAACCUUAUAGCCCUCCUCCUUCGUGAGCCAGCAUCUGAGGCUGAGAUCCUGAAGUACUCAAGACAUGCCAAGCUACGGAUGGCUGAACUUGGUGUGGAAGCUUUUUUUGGCAAGGGAACUGUGGGGCUGCGCGAACUGAAUUGGUUUGCAGUCAAUACAUGGAAUAUGGCUAUAAGGGUGGCAAAUGAGAAGAAGUAUGAUUAUUGCGCUGAGUUCUUUGAGCUUGCAGCUGAAUUUUUGGGUUCAAGUAACGUUGAGGAUGAUGCAAACCGUCUUCUGGUUUGCAAAUCAUUGAUUUUGAGUGUCAGUGGCAUGCUCCAUGCUGAGGAGCUAAACAAAUCUCCAUUGUCAGAUUCUGACAUUAAAAAGGGUGUUGAGAUGCUCAGCAGAGCUGGCAAGCUAUUGCCCUCGACUUGGCCUCCGGUUCUAGUGUCCUCUGAUCACUUGGAGGAUAACAACUUCCUGUUCCUCCAUACGUUAAAAUUCUACCAACUUCUUGACAGGAUGGACACUAGAGCACACCCUCAGCAGCUCCAACUAGUCAAGAAUUUUGUGGCAUCUAAAGCAUGUACACCAGGUCAUCUUCUCAAACUCGGAGAUAUAGCUUCUCAAGGUACCCAACCGAACCUACUUGUUGCUGAAUUUUCCCUAAAGGCCAGCAUCACUACUGCCCUUGCCUCUCACUCGCCAAACUAUGGGGUAAUCAGCGCUGCCCUAAGGAAGCUAGUGUACCUUGCUGGGUUCCAAGACUGCAAUGGUGAUGCAGCCUAUGAUGUAUUUCGACAAGCUUUCCAGAUUGUGGUUGGACUGAGAGACGGUGAGUAUCCAUUUGAGGAAGGGAAGUGGCUUGCAGUGACUGCAUGGAACAAGUCAUUUUUGGCUGUGCGCCUUGGGCAACAUUCAGUUGCUAGAAAAUGGAUGAAGAUGAGUUUGGAUCUCGCUCGGCAUCUUGAGAGCAUGAAACAGAAUAUAACAGCGAUGGAGGAAUACAUCGAGCACUUUCAGAAGAUAUAUGGUAAAGAACUUGAUGAAUGUAGCCAGCAAGAUGGGGCACCAAGUACUAGUAUGUCCGGUAGCGCGUCUCAACCUGUCCUAGUAUAGAAUUUGUGAAUGGGGGCAGUUCACGGUUGGAGUGAUAAACAGAGCAUUUGUUUGAAUGAUAUACACUCAAAUUUGUUUCCAUCUGA